AGUCCAUUUCCAUCAGGCCUUUGCUUGUAGCCUCAACGGCUCCAGUGGCAGCAUUCCCAACAAAUCAUCCCUACUAUUUUUUUUUGGCCCCGUCCGCGUAUAAAUUACUAUGGAUAGCCACCGGUGUGACUGCACCCAUUGCAAAAGAGCCAGCCCGGUGAUAUUUAUCGAGCGACGGCAACGACAGAACAAAGCCAUGCAUACUCCUCGUCUUGAAGUCCAUCCUACGAGGUCCAACGACCAGGGCCCAGUUCUGCCCCCAAUGGGCAUCUUCUCAGUACCCAAAGCCGGCAAGCCCGCCCCGAAGCGACCGCGCAAAGGAAAAGGGUCAGAGGACCUUCAGGAUCCGAUUUCCAGAGUUCCAGAUGAUACGGCAUCGCCACGCCCAAUCGCUCAGCCACAGCAGCAACAGGGCGCUCACAAAGAUAAAGGUCCUGACCUUCAGGUUCCCGUUGCUGCUGACCAUCCAGAAUACGGACUCCAUAUCCUGGCCGCAGCAGCCGCAUAUGUCCAGGCUAGCGAUCCGCCAGAGGAGAAGCCUGCCAAAACACAACGUAUCACGUUGAGGCUUCCUCCCCGAAAGGAGUCCAUUCCAGACGAGCCAACCACAGCGCCACCGGAGACCCUGGCCCGAGGGAAGCAGAAAGUACAGAUCAGCAGCCCGCCGGACAAUCCCCCUCACCUCGUCCUAGAAAACGGCAACAACAGGCGCCGCAAGACCAACAAAUGGCGCAUCGAUGGAGUGCACACCUGGGAAGAGCCCCUCCCGGUCGACGAACGCCGUCCGACGAGCCUGUGGGAUCGGCACACCAUUGGUGCGGCCGGACCUCCAGCGUGGUAUAUAAACCCUGCUGGCGGUGAGUUGCCGAACCCGGGGCUCUCGAAGCCGACGCCGGACGAUCUGGCGAGGGAAGCUAAGUGGGUCGAGAAACUCCAUAAGUACGACUACUACAAGGAGGUUCUGGGCGGAGAAGAGUCAGAAUCAGAGUCAGAGAGCGCGGUACUGGAGAAGGGAGCGAAGAGGACCGGGAAGCCGUCAUUGAAGAGCGGGUUGAGUGAGGAGCAAGGGGCGGAGGCAUCCAGCGCGAAGUCAUCCAGCGCGAAUUUGUCCAGCGCGAAGUCAUCGAGCUCGAAGCCGUCCAGUAAGAAGUCAUCCAGAAAGAAGUCAUCUGGCAAGAAGUCCUCCGCCAAGAAGGCCUCCACCACAAAGGCCUCCACCAAGAAGGCAGAGGAGGAGGAGUGGGAAUGCUGCCCCGGAGGUUGUCCCACUUGUACCAGGAUCGCGCUUCGUAUGGCAGAUGAUGCUAAUGAGAAGUCAGGCCAAGGUCACUAAAGCCUCUUCCUGGGAUACCGAUUGGGUAUGCAGCCUGGGGACAGUGGUGUAUUGCGGUUGAAUCGUCUUUAUCUCCAUUUCUCUUUCGAUGGGUUGGAUCGCCGAUAUCAAAGAUGGACAAGAAUGAUCACCCCUCAGCAUUGUGUCGUUGUUCAUCCAAAAUUGAGUGUGCUUGGUGGCUUUUUUCCUUGCUCUUUCGCCGCGACUUGUUCUUGACAUCCCUGGUGGUGAGAGGUGGUUUAAUGGCAUCGAGAUGGAGGAUAGCACCGGAUACCCGCAAUCCCUUUGAAGACCCUGUAUGUUAGCAUAACCUAAUUGUUAUAUUCCAAAUGUUGAUAGCCGUACUCUGGUGAUGUUAAUG